GCCAUCCAUCGAUCCAUUCAUCCAAGAAAGCAAACAUGGCGCGAUGCCUCCCCAAGGGAGGCGGGAAUACGGUCACACGGAGUCAAGGCAGACGAACUCGAAGCCGUCUUUCACUUCUGCCGCCCCGCUUGUAAGCGCGGGCGUUAACGGUCCAGCGUCAGGCGCAGUUCACGUUUCUCGAGAUCGUCCGUAAUUGUCAAAGCUUUGCUACAAUAUUCUGUGGUACAUUACACGCUCAAACAACGGCUCAAGAGUUCACACAAACUACGAGACGGAGCAGAAUGUCUUCUGGUACCACUGCGAAAGGCCUCACAAAUGCAAUGAGCCUAGGUGAAAGUAUCGCUGCCAAAACGGAAUGCCUCGUCCCUUCCAAGGUCGUUGGGCAGGUCGAGGUUGGCAUGCAGUGCAGCUUGCCUCUGGCUGACAAGUCUGUCGGGUGCUCCUUCAAAGCAUGGAGCUUGUCGAGGUGCAUGCAGACUACGGAGACUGUGGAUCAUUUAAGCUCCACCUCAGCAUCGAGGCCUUCUAUUUCUCCAUCAAUUGCCGAAUGUGACAACUUAAAGCAAGGAUGCUUCCACCGAUGUCAGCUAUGUGACUAUGUGGCUGAUGAACUAUUUCUUCUGGAAGCACAUGCCAGCAUCCAUACUGGCGAGAAGCCAUUUCAAUGCCCUUCAUGCUCUCGGAGCUUCUCACAAAGGGGCAGCCUGAAAGCCCACCUGCGCACCCACACAGGCGAGAAGCCAUUUGACUGCCCUUCAUGCUCUCGGAGCUUCUCACAAAGGGGCAGCCUGAAAGCCCACCUGCGCACCCACACAGGCGAGAAGCCAUUUGACUGCCCUUCAUGCACUCGGAGCUUCUCACGGAAGAGCGACCUGAAAGCCCACCUGCGCACCCACACAGGCGAGAAGCCAUUUGACUGCCCUUUAUGCUCUCAGAGCUUCUCUAUGAGGAGCGGCCUGAAAGCCCACCUGCGCAUCCACACAGGUGAGAAGCCAUUCGACUGCCCUUUAUGCACUCGGAGCUUCUCACAAAGGGGCAGCCUGAAAGCCCACCUGCGCACCCACACAGGUGAGAGGCCAUUUGACUGCCUUUCAUGCACUCGGAGCUUCUCACGGAAGAGCGACCUGAAAGCCCACCUGCGCACCCACACAGGCGAGAAGCCAUUUGACUGCCCUUCAUGCUCUCGGAGCUUCUCACUGAGGAGCGGCCUGAAAGCCCACCUGCGCACCCACACAGGCGAGAAGCCAUUUGACUGCCCUUCAUGCUCUCGGAGCUUCUCACAAAGGGGCAGCCUGAAAGCCCACCUGCGCACCCACACAGGUGAGAGGCCAUUUGACUGCCUUUCAUGCACUCGGAGCUUCUCACGGAAGAGCGACCUGAAAGCCCACCUGCGCACCCACACAGGCGAGAAGCCAUUUGACUGCCCUUCAUGCUCUCGGAGCUUCUCACAAAGGGGCAGCCUGAAAGCCCACCUGCGCACCCACAUAGGCGAGAAGCCAUAUCAGUGCCCUUCAUGCUCUCGGGGCUUCUCACGAAAAGAAGACGUGAAAAUCCACCUGCGCACCCAGAGGCAAGAAGCCAUUUCACUGCCCUUCAUGCACUCGGAGCUUCUCACAGAAGAGCGGCCUGAAAGCCCACCUGCACACCCACAUAACCGAGAAGCCAUUUCAUUGCCCUUCGUGCCCUCGGAGGUUUUCAUUGAAGAAUGCCCUGAAUGUACACCACCGUGUUCAUACAGGUGACCGUCCAUACAGUUGCCCCGUCUGCUCCAGGUCCUUUACGCGGUCUCAUCACUUGAGCGCACAUAAGAGAGCACAUCACCACACUAGUGUAGGGUAGGUCAACAACCACGUUGAACUAGAGUGACUAUUAAAAAUUACGGACGUGUUACAUGUUGCAUAGUGUUUUGCUGCAUCAGUUAGCAAAAGUGUUUACAUGUGCUCUUAAAUGGUCCCUGAAAGAAACACUUUUUCGGAGUCACAUUCUUUUCUCUAUAUCUUUUCUGAGUAUGUCAUAGAACAUGGAGCAAAAGAAAUGAAAACUGACCGACACAAAGCUGUUGCAACCGAGAAAAUGUUAAAGAUACAAUUAAAACUCGAUAUUAUGAAGACAGUAAAAUUAGCGAUUUGCUUUGCUAUGUUGUGACUUUUCAUUAUUUGAAAAGUAUUUAAUAUUUGUUUCGAUCCCAAAAAUUGCUGUUUGCAUGCCCCUACAAAAUAUGCAUGUUCAUUGUAAUACUUAUUACAUUACAGAUGUCUCUAUAAUCUACUUCCUAAGUUCUGUAUUUUUUUUCACCAUUGUUUUUUGGUACAUAUGAACUUGUUUUGUUAGACCUAUUCAUGUAUUUAUUGCCUCUAGGUUCUUGUAUACAUGGUUCAUCCUGAAGAGUCUCUUCUGAUUCUACUCGCACCACAUUUGAUAGAUUGGCACAUUUUAAGAGCAAUUGAAUAUUUCAUAUUUUUUUCCAUGAUAAAAACAGUGCAGCCAGCACUUUCCAUUGUCUGUUUCAUCAAAGCACCAAAUAAAUGCCUGUGUUGAGUA